ACCCUAGUAUUUUCCCCCAAUUAUAAUCCUCAAGAACAAGAACGACUUUGAAGUGUUCUUAAAACAAAGUAAAGCAGGAAAUUGGCGAAAGUCGAAAGAACAGAGAUGGAAGGGAAAGAAUUGGAGAGAGGUGUAGGUGGUACUUUGAGCUCAGAGCUAGAAAACCCUAGAAAUGGCGGAGGGACAAAAAAGGACAAGAUAAUAGUGAUAAUGGGACCAACUGGGUCCGGCAAAUCAAAACUAGCAAUAGAUUUAGCAGGACAUUUCCCGAUUGAGAUCAUCAACGCUGAUUCCAUGCAAGUCUACAAUGGCUUAGAUGUUCUCACUAACAAAGUCUCUCUCAUCGACCAAAAAGAAGUUCCGCACCAUCUUUUAGGAACAAUUAGCCCUAAUGUGGAAUUCACCGCUAAAGACUUUCGAGAUGCUGCCAUACCUCUCAUCAAGGAUAUUUUAUUUCACAAUCAUCUGCCCGUAAUAGUUGGUGGAACUAAUUUCUACAUACAGGCUCUUGUCAGUCCUUUCCUGCUUGAUGAUUCUUUGGAAGAGAUGGAUGUUUCUUCUUUAAGAGAGAAUUCAGGUUGUGAACAUAAUAUAAGUUCCUCUUUACUAAAUGUUGUCAAUCGGAAUGAGCAUGCACUUUUUGAACAAGGCACUUGUGAUCACAGCUAUGAACGUCUUAGAGACCUGGAUCCUGUGGCAGCUAACAGACUACAUCCAAAUGACCACAGAAAAAUCAGGCAAUAUCUAAAGAUGUUUACUCAUUCUGGAGUCCUCCCCAGCCAACACUUUCAGGGAAAUAUGACCGAGAAAUGGGGUCGUCUUGGUGGUAAUUCAAGAUACGACUGCUGUUUUGUUUGUGUUGAUGCUUCUCUUCCAGUACUAGACCGAUUUGUUGAGCAGAGAGUGGAUCAAAUGAUGGAAGCUGGUUUACUCAAUGAAGUCUAUGACAUUUACAACAUGAAUGCAGAUUAUACGCGAGGUCUGCGACAGGCUAUUGGAGUGAGGGAGUUUGAGGAUCUUCUUUGUGCUGUCCUUUCUGAAGCGAGAAAGGAGAAUGUUAAUUCUUUUAAGGAAUCAUCUUCAGUGAAGGAUGCUGAUAUAUCUUUCAAACAAAAUAUCAUGGAAGUUUUGAGUUCUUCCUCUAUUUCCCCAAAUAACCUCCUGCUGGAAGAAGCCAUUUCCAAACUAGUAAUGAACACCCGAAGACUUGUAAGGCGGCAAAAGAGGAGGAUCAAUCGAUUGCAGACGUUAUUUGGAUGGCACAUGCAUUUUGUAGAUUCUACGGAGUCUUUACUAGGAAGUUCGGAGGAUACAUGGGUUGCCCAAGUGGUUGAACCCGCUGCAAAAGUGAUAAGUUGUUUCCUCAAUUCCGAUGUGAUGUCAGUUUCAGAUCGUGCUGACAGCGUCGCAGUCCAAAAACUCAGUGAGAGAGAUCUAUGGACUCAGUACACAUGCAAGGCGUGCGACAAGGUUCUUCGUGGUUUGCAUGAGUGGGAACAACAUAACCAAGGGCGUGCUCAUAGGAAACGGACCACAAAGCUAAAGAAGCGCCAAGGUUCUGGAGGUUCUUUCUUAGUUGAGGCCGCAGGGGCUGACCACUUAGGUUCAAAAGUUUAACAACUUAACAAAAUUACACUUGCUUUAUAUAAUGCUUCACGGAGAUCUUUUACUGAUUGAGGUGAGGGCCUAAGUCUGAUAGUGAUAUUAUUUGUUAGACAAAAUUUCUCCCUCAACUUAUAUUAUUUGAAUGAGUAUACCUCGUGUUUCUUGUGUACUCUUAAAAGUUUGUGCACACUAUGCUGUGGUACUUCCAUGAGUACUAUUUUUCUAUGAAAAGAUGCCUUUUCGUGACUCA